UCCGGGCGCUGGAGCGCGGCGACAGUCACGCCCCGGGACGGACGGACAGACUGACGCGUGGCGGGACUCUGUGCGUGCCAUGGAGGAGUGCGGUGCGCGCCGCUGCUGCCUAGGCUGGGACUUCAGUACGCAGCAGGUGAAAGUUGUUGCUGUUGAUGCAGGGAUGAAUAUCUUCUAUGAAGACAGUGUGCAUUUUGACAGAGAUCUUCCAGAAUUUGGGACUCAGGGCGGGGUGCACGUGCACAAGGAUGGGCUGACAGUCACCUCCCCGGUCCUGAUGUGGGUCCAGGCUCUGGACAUCAUCCUGGAGAAGAUGAAGGCUUCAGGUUUUGACUUCUCUCAAGUCCUAGCCUUGUCUGGGGCGGGCCAGCAACACGGGAGCGUGUACUGGAGUGCUGGGGCCAGCCGGGUGCUGACAAGCCUGUCACCAGACCUCCUGUUGCACCAGCAGCUGCAGGCCUGUUUCUCCCUAAGUGACUGCCCAGUGUGGAUGGAUUCCAGCACCACGGCCCAGUGCCGCCAGCUAGAAGCCACUGUUGGGGGAGCCCAGGUACUCAGCUGCCUGACAGGGUCCCGUGCCUAUGAGCGUUUUACAGGCAACCAAAUUGCAAAGAUUUACCAGCAGAACCCUGAGGCCUACUCACGCACAGAGAGGAUUUCUUUGGUCAGCAGCUUUGCCGCCUCCCUCUUCCUUGGCUCUUACUCGCCGAUUGACUACAGUGAUGGUACACUUCAGGGUUCUGGAAUGAAUUUGUUGCAGAUCCAGGAGAAAGUCUGGUCCCAGGCUUGCCUUGGUGCCUGUGCCCCUCAUUUAGAGGAGAAGCUUGGCCCACCAGUGCCAUCUUGCUCUGUGGUGGGAGCCAUUUCUUCCUACUACAUCCAGCGCUAUGGAUUUGCCCCCGGAUGCAGAGUGGUGGCCUUCACUGGGGACAACCCAGCAUCGCUGGCAGGCAUGAGGCUGGAGGAAGGUGACAUUGCGGUGAGCCUGGGCACCAGCGAUACCCUGUUUCUCUGGCUUCAGGAGCCCAUGCCUGCCCUAGAAGGCCACAUCUUCUGCAACCCGGUUGAGCCACAGCAGUACAUGGCACUCUUGUGCUUUAAAAAUGGUUCCCUCAUGAGAGAGAAGAUCCGUGAUGAGUCUGCUUCCCGUUCUUGGAACGAGUUCUCUAAGGCACUGCAGUCCACAGAGAUGGGGAACAGUGGAAACCUGGGUUUUUAUUUUGAUAUAAUGGAGAUUACCCCUGAAAUGAUUGGAUAUCAUAGAUUUAAUGCAGAAAACCAUGAAGUCCCAGCAUUCCCUGGGGAUGUGGAGAUUCGAGCAUUGAUUGAAGGACAAUUCAUGGCCAAGAGGAUUCAUGCAGAAGGCCUGGGCUAUAGAGUCAUGCCCAAGACAAAGAUUCUGGCCACUGGAGGAGCAUCUUGCAACCGAGACAUCUUACAGGUGCUUGCAGAUGUGUUCGGUGCCCCUGUGUAUGUCAUAGACACUGCCAAUUCUGCCUGUGUGGGCUCUGCAUACCGAGCUUUUCAUGGCCUUGCAGGUGGAACAGACGUGGCCUUUUCCGAGGUUGUGAAAUCAGCCCCAAAUCCCAGACUGGCUGCCAGGUCAACUCCAGAAGCUUCUCAGGUCUAUGAGGCCCUCCUCCCUCGGUAUGCCAACCUUGAGCAGAAAAUUUUGUCCCAGACCCGAGGCCCUCUGGAAUGAAGUCUGCAGGCCCAAGCACCGCUGCCUGCCCAGACUCAGUGAUCCGGAGUGGAGAUGCAUCCCUGAGCAGCAGGCAUUCCUCUCCUGUCCUGAGCACCCAUGCCCACCCAUGUGGACUUAUCAGUGUGCUCCUGCCCUGUCCAGGGCCAUCCUACAUCCAGCCUCAGCACAUCUCCCUAAAGACACCUGGUCUCUCUUAGCCCUGGGACAGGUGACCAUCUCUUCCCUCCUGUCUGUUAUCUCAGGAAGCAGGAUAACUCCAAGACUGGGCUAUGUCCACUAAAAAUUGUAACUUUUCCCAUUUCAAAGGCAGAAUGAAAGCUGAUCUUGGACCACAAUCAGCAGAAUGGGGGAGACAAUGCCCUCCCCCAGCCCCUGGCCUCAUCCCCGACUCUCUGGCCAUUCAUUUCCAAGCCCUGAACCCUAGCCACUUCAUUCACACAUUACCUUGACACUGCUCCAACUUCUCUCACAACCUAGACCCUUCAGUCACUUCUACCCCACACUUGGCCCUCCCAGCCAUUUCUCCCCUCCUCAUUUCACUGUGUGAAGCGCUCUCCCAGGUCCUCUCCUGUCUGCCUGUGCUCCCCUCUAUGCUCUCAGCUUCUCCAUUUGUAGCACCUUUCUUCCUUCCCUUCUUGAUCACUGUCCCCUCCCCACAUCCACCCGGUGCAACUCACAGUCACCACCAUGCCCUCUUGCCCACCCUCAGCUCUGCCCACAGACAGCCUGUGCCAUCCCCAGGUGCCACCAUUUAGGGCUUUUCUUGCUCUCUGCAAUUCACUUAUAGAUGAAAUUGUGUCAUUUCUCUGGGAGAAUUUCCUAAGUUCUAGGUUUCUGUUUUUAUCUUGGAGUCCUUUUAUCAGCUGAAAAGUUGUGAUUCUUAGUUUUAAUUGGCUUCCUAUGUUUGUAUAGAUCCUGAUGAGUUCUUCAUUCCUUCCUCUUAGCCCUCCCCUUCUGGUUCAUACCUCUUUCUUCCUUGCUCGCAUUUCUGCAAAAGCUUCCAUAGAGAGUCCUCUGUGGAGGCAGAAUCCUCCAGAUGUUGCUUCUGCCUCAGGCCCUCACUGAACUUGAAAUUCUAAUUAAAUCAAACUAUUUGUAGUCUAGCUCAGGAGGGCAAGAUGGUGCAGACAGGUCUGGGACCUGUUGGAUCAGAGCAGUGGCCAGUGAAAAAGAAAGGUUUAGACAAUGAGUUGGACCAAAGUAUCACUUCUGAUAGUGAUGAAGCCAUCUUGAGAGGGAGUGGUGUCCCUUGGAGGUUCGGUGGAUGAAAGAGGGAAGAGGAAGCAAGAAGCCAAAGAGGACAGCCUACCACAUAAAACAGGAAGUCCAAAAUUCAAAAGAAAACAACUUAUCACCUCCUGGACAUUACUUGUUAAAGGAAUUUAUACCAUUGACCAACAAGAAAGGGCUCUCUUGGACCAUGAAAAAUUAAAUUGUAGCAUAGCUCUCCAGCUCGAAUUUUAAAAUAAAUCAAAUAGUUGUGGAUAUGAAAGAACACCAUAGGUCAGAAGUUCAAAAACUCAUAAUCAAAUGAAAUAGCAGUAAGCAUAUAUGAAAAGAGAACUGAUCAAACUUAGGAAAGAAUUUGAACAAAAAGAUAAAAUCAUGACAGGUAUGAAGACUAAAUUAUAUCCAAAUGAGAAUAGAUAGGGCUGCAGUAUAGUUAGGCACAAGGAAGGCAGGAAUAAGAAAUAGGCAAAGAAAAGAUAACACUGGUGACAGUGGAACUCCUGAAGACAAAAGAUAGACAGUGAAACAGGGUUAGUGUUUAAAACUCUGUGCAAAAAAACACCUGAAACUAUCUUUAAAAGAUUUAUUUUGAUACUUGGGAAACUAUUAUACUUUGAAAGUAAAGGAAAAAUUAUCUUAGUCUCUAGGCCAGAAUAUCUAGUCUCCUAUAAAGGAAGAAAGGUCAAGUUGGCAUAAGACUUCUUGAAAAAUUGAGAUAGCAGUAGAGCAGAAAUUUGGAGUAUGAACUAAGGAUUUUGUAUCCAGCUAAGCUAUCCUUUAAGUAUCAAGGAUAUAGAAGGAAGUUUAAUAGUGCAAGAGCUCAGGGAAUGUUAUAGUCACAGUCUCUUAGUUAGUUUUUUAUUGCUGAGGCAAAAUACUUGAAACCCCACAACUUGAAGAGAGAUUUGUUUUGGCUAACAGUUUUAGACGUUUCAGUCCAUGGUUGGCUGGCUCAUGGUGGAAGGGCCUGCUGCAGAGGAAAGCUGCUCACGUCAAGGUGGCCAGGAAGCAGAGAGAAGAGAGAAGUCAGGAAGAUGCACCCUUCCAUGUCACACCCCCAAGCCUCUAAUCAGGAUCUCUUGUAACAGCACAUUCAACCAUAAGCUCAUCAGUGGACUGAUCCAUCCAAAAGCUGAUCACCAUCCCAAAGCCCAAUCUCUGAACACAUGAAACUUUUGGGCAACAACCUAGAUCUAAACCAAACAGGAUUCUACUGAAAGACAGGCUUCAUCUAUUGAGAUCACUGGAGAAAGUUAAACAAAAGGACAGGGUAAUCAUUGGAUAUUGAUAGUUGUGUAUCUAAGACUAAUGCAAAUAAAGGUAGACAUAUUGUCAAGUAGUACCUGCUUUCUCAGACAAUUAGGAAACUGAAGAAGGGAGUGAAAGAAGAAAUUAGCAAGAGCUCUUGUGUAAGAAAUAUGUAGGAGUCAAAGAAUAUUACUUAGAAUUGAUAAAUAGUUGAGACUUAAAUAUGGAAAAAGGAGAACUAAGCAUUAAAAGGUAUUUGAUACUAUUAAAGGUAAUAGUACAGUAUAAAUAAGGAUAAUAGUAUAAUCACUAAAAUAAAAUGCAAAUCUCCCUCAAUGACCAAUAAACAAUAAUAAAGGCAGUAGAUCACAUGCAUGAGCAACAUGUGGUAAAUGAAGCAUCACACAUAAUGAACUUAAGUGCAAGCAUGAGUCAAAUUGAUAAAUGUGAAAGGACAAUCCGUCUAUUAAAAAGAAUUUCAGGGCUGGGGAUUUAGCUUAGUGGUUCCGCCGCCUUCCUUGAAACUGCAAGGUCCCAAGUUCAAUCCCUAGUACCAAAAAAAAAAAAAUUUCAGAUUGGCCUUCAAACCAACAUUGUCAUUUAUAAGAGACAAUAAAGGCUAAAUAAUAAAGGGAUAAGCAACAACAUAUCAAAAAAAUAAAAAUCACAAAAUGCAAAGAAUACAGUAUCUUUGACGGUAGAAUUCAGGAAAAUACAACAGUGCCAAAAGCCACUGUUCACAACGAAGAUACACUAGUUGUGAAUGUUACCACCUGAACUAUGUGGUUUGUCACUUUUAAAUGAUAUUUCUUACUCCCACUUAUUGCCUAUGCAACCAAGAGUUCUUUGUGCUUUCUCUUUCUCCUUCCUUUUUCAUUAUUUUAGGCAUGUUCCUUCUAGCUUGUCAAAGCAUAUUACAUUUGUAUAAGAAAUAACUGCCAGAAAAAGCAGAUAGCUAGAAAUUAUUAAUAGAGAAAUUUAACACGAGUCUCCAAGACUGAAGGCAUAAACUAUAUAAGGAUGUAAGUGAUCUAAAUAAGUUUCUAUAGAAUAGACCUUCUAAAUGUGUAUGAAGUAUGAUUUUUAAAACUUUAAAUUUUUUUUAAAAAUUAGACACUGCCAUCAAUCCCCCUCAAAAUACUCUCCCUCAAUUCAAACACAUUCUGGUUUUCUUGCCACUUUCUGAAGCUGUCUGGAAGUUCUCUCUUGUAAAUGUCUUUAGUUGCGCUACCUCAAUUGAAAACAUUUACCUUUCAUGACCAUUUUGACUUUGGGGGAGAAUCAGAAAUUGCAUGGUGCCAGAUCUGAUGAAAAAAGUUGAUGAGGACACAUUGUAAUGUUUUUAAGAAUCUGCCUUUCCACUGUUGGAUAGCACGUGCCAGUAGCAUUCACAAUAUUUUUGAUCAGGCCUUGUAAAGAUGCACAAAAAAGAACUUUCAGAACUGCUUCAGAAAGUGGCGAGAACAGGGCUGGGGAUGUAGCUCAGUGGCACUGCACCUGCCUCACAAGUGCAAGGUCCUGAGUUCGAUUCCCAGUACCAAAAAAAAGUGGCAAAGAUUAAUGGGCUAAGUGUGUUUAAGCAAGGCAGAGGACUUUGAAGGGGAUUAAUGCCAAUGUGUCUUUUACUGCAAUUUUAAGAUUUAAACAUUCACUGUAUACUUUGAUCUCCACUUGUAUUGACCUUUCUCCUUUGAUAAAAGAACACACCUAUUCUUUUAAAAAAUUGAUCAGUUAUGGUACCAUAAAGAAAACAUCAAUACUUUAUACAAAUUAACAAUAAGACCUUUAAUCACAAUGCAAUAAAAUAAAUGAAUAAAAUGUUUUUUAAAAAGUUC